CUUAUACACAUUAGAUCCUAGUAUACAACAACGGCACAUAUCGCUUUUUAUUGGCAUACCAUGUCUACUAGGCAGAUUCGUCGCUUAUUGCGCGAGCGCGAGAAGAAGGAUGAUGCUGACGACUCUGUGCCUAUCACAUCUCCAAUAGUUCAGGUCAACAGGCCGAAGUCUAGCUUUGCUGCAUAUCGGGAGUUAGUGGAUUCUUCGGAGGAUAGCAGUAGUGAUACGCAAUCUGCCGAUGAAGACUCCGCAUCAGAGAACAGUGAUGAACUCGAUAGUGAACAAGAAUAUCGAGAUAAUGUUACAAUAGCUCUGAAUGACGAUACCCUGGAAUCCGAUUCGGAUAGCGACGAUGCCCUAUUGGAGUCGUUUAUCGCUAAGCAACCAAAGCCAGUAGACAUUGAUUCUCAUGGAGAGACUAAUAAGCUAGACUGCUUACGAAUUGACCCUAGAUCAUUUCGCAUUCCUGGGUUACAAAUGGAUACUCGUUCCAGUGCUAGGAUGCGAUUAUCGAAGGGUAUGAUUGGGUCAUUACAAAGUCGCAAUUGGUUGGUUCCUGGUAUUCCUCCAAAGGUUGCCGACAAGUUGCGUACUAUUAUCCCGAGGGACAUUCGCAUAAAGGGCUCAGUUGACGCUAAAACAAAGCGUGAGCGUUUUGUUGUUGAAUUUAGUGACCGCUAUAAGAACGUCCAGGAGAUGUGUUUAAUGGCCGUGGACAGUCAGGACCCUGGAUUGUUACGACGCAUCUUGGAUGCCAACCCGCAGCACAUUGAGGUGUUGCUGCGCGCCAGCUGCAUUAGCACUUUACAGGGUCAUCAUGAGGACGCCUUUACAUUCUUAUUCUCGGCUGUUCAGUACAUUCAAGCGGCAUUUCCACCUAGAUUCUCUCCAUGGCGUAUUGAUGAAAGUGGCUUCUCUAAUGUAUGGCUACCAAGCACUGUUAACAGCAAUUUGAUUGUGUAUCGUCUUUUGAUACUCUAUAUGAUAUCCCUUGAGCGCCAAGGUCAGUGGGAAGUAUCCCUGGCUAUUUGUAAAUUACUCCUGCUUCUGGACUUCCCAAGUGAUAUAUCACAUGCACUGUUACAUAUUGAUAUGUAUAUUAUGAACACUUCUGGUAUUGGUCUAUAUCCAUUUUCCGUUGCCUAUGCCAGGGCAUUGGAAUAUAGCGUCCCGCUUCAUUGGAUAUUACCCAACUUUGCCUUUGGUGUUGCUAUGGACUAUGCAACCAAGGAGAAAGUGGAUACAAUCGAGAUUCCUGCAACGGACUCUGACUUACAAAUGAUAAAGCAGUUUCUAACACUCGAAGAAAGUAAACUUGGGGUUAGAUUCCAUCCUGGUGAGCAGGAUACGGAACAAUACGGCUCCAGACGCGCUCAGUUGUAUCUUCUGAGAGCAAUUUUGCAGUAUCCGGGUAUUAUAUCACUGCUAAGCAAGGAACCCUUCGCGUCGGAAUUGGCUGUAUACACUCAUACGGAACCGUUCAUUACUUGGUGCAGUGAUGUCUAUAAGAGUGACACAAUGCUCUUGAAAUGCUACUUGAAGAAAACAUGCGACAUAUGGCGCAACGAGUCUCUAUUCCUUCUCAACCAAACGGCAAAUUUAAUCGUAGAUAUAUAUCGCACGGAGGAUGGUGCUGGCAUAUUAGACGCAUUUCGCGAUUUGUGGCUAUCAUUCAGGUUAGACAUAAAGCUUCCAUUUGAUACGGAAGACAUCAUAGUGGCUGAGUUUGAUCUUGCAUCACAUAGUCUACCUAUUGCCUUGCAGUGAGUUAUAUACUGUGUGACAUCCUAAUAACAAUUGGAUUCUACCUAGGUACUAUUGUAUUUCGUUUGUCAUAUAAGGAUAGUCACCAUUUCUGGCAA